AUGGAAAAAUACUUGAAGAUAGAAAAAAUUGGCGAGGGAACGUAUGGGGUUGUCUACAAAGCGCGGGACAGACAAACCCAGGCGAUCAUUGCCUUGAAGAAGAUUAGGCUUGAUGCGGAAGACGAGGGAGUGCCGUCGACUGCAAUUCGAGAGAUUUCUUUGCUCAAGGAGCUUCAACAUCCCAACAUCGUGCAGCUGAAAGACGUCGUCCAUAGCGAGAACAAGCUACACCUUGUGUUCGAAUUCCUUGAACACGACCUCAAGAAGCAUAUGGAUGGGUACAACGCGAACGGGGGCAUGCCUGCUCAGAUGAUCAAGUCGUAUGUCUACCAGAUGCUGCAAGGAAUAGCCUUCUGCCAUGCCCACCGGGUGCUGCAUCGUGACCUCAAACCUCAAAAUCUCCUCAUCGACAGGUCGGGGAUGCUGAAAUUAGCUGAUUUUGGUCUAGCACGAGCGUUUGGUAUCCCCGUCCGCACGUACACGCACGAGGUGGUGACGCUGUGGUACCGCGCGCCUGAGAUCUUGCUUGGCUCGAAGCAUUAUUCGACCCCCGUCGACAUGUGGUCCAUUGGCUGCAUAUUCGCUGAGCUGGUCAUGAAACGGCCUCUCUUCCCUGGAGACUCUGAGAUCGACGAGCUCUUCAGGAUCUUCCGAGUCCUCGGAACCCCCAACGAGGAGGGUUGGCCGGGAGUGACGCAGCUGCCUGAUUACAAGCCUUCCUUCCCUCACUGGAACGCGAGGCCUCUAGCGGAGGUCGUCACUGGGAUGGACGGACCUGGGCUCGACCUGCUCUCACAGACUCUGAUCUAUGAGCCUUCUCGACGAUGCUCGGCCAAGGCAGCCAUGCUGCAUCCUUACUUUGAUGGUCUGGACAAGAGCAAUCUCGCCACUCAAUGA